CUUAGAGUCAGUGAGCUCGCGCGCCAGGGAGCGAUACCCGCCCCUUCCGGUAACUCCGUAGGAGGUCCCAGCCUAACCCUUCCCCACCCCCUUCUUUUCUCCCUCCUCUUUUAGGCUGCUUUCUAAGAAGAUAUGGGAAAAUCUGCCCAAGGUAGAUUUUAGCGGCCCUCUGCCUGUCCCCCGCCCUGCUUCCCUCCGGUUUCCGCGCCGGCCCUUGCCCUUUACCCUCCCUCUCGGCGGGGUUAGAGGUCAGGUGGCCAUCUUGUGGCGGCGGCGGAGGCGGCUGUUACCGAGGAGACUCGGCCGCCCCUUAGGCCUCAGCCCCUCAGGCCCUCGGCCUGACCCAACCAGUCAGUCUAGCGGGUCCAUCUCAGACCCGACCUGGCCCCGGGUCUCGUGUCCAUCGCCUGCCGCCUCCCCGUGCUCCUCGCCCGGAAGCCCGCCAGUCCUCCCUCCCUCCCACCACCAUGUCCUCCUUUUCGGAGUCCGCUCUGGAGAAGAAACUCUCGGAGCUGAGUAACUCCCAGCAGAGCGUCCAGACGUUGUCGCUGUGGCUGAUCCACCAUCGCAAGCACGCGGGCCCCAUCGUCUCCGUGUGGCAUCGCGAGCUCCGCAAAGCAAAAUCAAAUAGAAAGCUUACGUUUUUAUACUUAGCAAAUGAUGUCAUCCAAAACAGUAAGAGGAAAGGGCCCGAAUUCACUAGGGAAUUUGAAUCUGUCCUCGUGGAUGCUUUUUCCCAUGUUGCCAGAGAGGCAGAUGAAGGCUGUAAAAAGCCUUUAGAAAGAUUGCUGAACAUCUGGCAAGAAAGAAGUGUUUAUGGUGGUGAGUUCAUUCAACAGCUGAAGUUAUCUAUGGAAGACUCCAACAGCCCUCCACCUAAAGCCACAGAAGAGAAGAAAUCUCUUAAGCGAACCUUUCAACAAAUACAAGAAGAUGAAGAUGAUGAUUACCCUGGAAGUUAUUCUCCCCAAGAUCCAACUGCAGGCCCUCUCUUGACUGAAGAACUAAUCAAAGCCCUGCAGGAUUUGGAAAAUGCUGCAUCAGGUGAUGCUACUGUGAGGCAGAAAAUUGCUUCACUACCACAAGAAGUCCAAGAUGUUUCACUUCUAGAGAAAAUUACAGACAAAGAGGCAGCUGAACGUCUUUCAAAGACAGUGGAUGAAGCGUGUUUGUUACUAGCAGAAUAUAAUGGGCGACUGGCAGCAGAACUGGAAGAUCGACGCCAGCUGGCACGCAUGUUGGUGGAGUAUACCCAGAACCAGAAAGAUGUUUUGACAGAAAAGGAGAAAAAACUAGAAGAGUAUAAGCAGAAGCUUGCUCGGGUAACCCAAGUGCGCAAGGAGCUGAAGUCACACAUACAGAGCCUUCCAGACCUGUCGCUGCUUCCUAAUGUUACAGGUGGCUUGGCCCCCCUGCCCUCUGCUGGUGACCUGUUUUCAACUGACUAGGACACAUGGCCUGCUCUCAGAUUCCCAUUUGUGCCAGCAGAAGAGGACUCUAGCAGGGACUGGAAAUUGUCUUCCAGUGAUUGGUUAUUUUCCUCCUAGACCACUCCCUCUAUUUAGGAAGGAACUAUAGACUCCCGAGAGCUCUGUGCACUCUUACUGCUUGUACAGUUUCUCAUGUUGAGGGGAAGAGUGAGAGUGUGCAUUAAGCAGGAGUGGGCAUGGAGGCCAAAUUUGAUUAUAAAAUAUAUAGACACAUUUUGAAAGAAAAAUCUUUUUUUCUCUCACAUUUUCAUGCUCAAAUUGUUUUUCAGUUCUUAGCUCUUGUUUGCCCCAAGAAGUCAUGAAAAUCAUGUACACAUCUGGAAGGCUUUUAAAAAAAAAAAUUUAAAUUCAUCACUACAUCAUUUUCUUUAAAAAGCAGCCUUUUGUUUCUGAAUUGGUUUUGUCCAGGUAGCUGAAGGUUUCACAUACUUAAAGAGUAGCUUUAGCAGGGCAUCAUCCCAUCCUAAAGGAAAAACUAGGGAUCUGCAGAGCAGCCUGGGGUCUCAGCAGUUUAUCAGAUCUUAAAGUUCUUUUUCUUACACCUGUGAGUAUGUAUAUGAAAAUGUUAGGCACAUUUUAUUGCAAAUGAAUUAGAGACUGAAUAUAGCAAUGAAAUCCAUAGCCAAUUCAGAAGAAUGCUACUGCAGCAAACUUAAUAAGAAUCACAAGUUACAUAAGCAUGAGUUAAAGUUGUCAGUUUCAAUCCCAAGCCCCACAUAUGCCAUUUUUAUUGAUUGCAUUUAUCUGCACUUUGCCUUUGUAUCACAUUAAUAUAACAGCUUCCUGGAAAUCUAUUUCACACUCAUUUUUUUAAUCUGUCAGUAUGGGGGAAUGCACCAGUGAUGUUCCAAAGAUAAAAACUAGCUGACUUCACAUGACAAAAUAUGCUGAGAAUGUGGACCCUGGGAUGUGUAUAGCUUUAGUACAUUACCUUUUUUCUUUCUUUCCUUUUUUUAAAAAAAAUUUAAAAAAAAAUUUUUUUUGAGGUGGAGAUAUUUCUGUCUGAAAUGAAGGGUUGUCCACUGUAUAGGUAAUUAGCUUAAUCAAAGGGCACACAUUUCAGUGUCUAAAUUUGAAGUCUCUUUCAUUAUACUACAUGCACACGCACACACAAAAUUCUGCAUGUUUGUGAAUCUAUUGAUCUAUGCCUAUGUGUCUAUCUGUGUGUAUGUGAAUAUAUACACAAGAAAGAUACACUGAACUUUGCAUCAGAUAUGACCUAAUAGCUGAUCGUGAGGGGGAAAUGUGAGUUUUUUUAAACUCAAGUUUUAAUUCCAUUAUCAUGCCAGCCAAUAGCUAUAACUAUCUGAUGUGUUUAGGUGCAAUUUUUAUAUUGCUUUUAGUAACAAGUAGUCCUGCUGGCAAAUUGUAAACCAUUCCAAUCUGCAGAUUUUUUAAAAAAAACAAAACAAAACAAAAAAAAACAAAACAAGCCAUCAGAAAUGGCAGAAAACAAUUUGUCCUAAUAAUGUAAUAGGAAUUAUAAUACUGACACUUAAGUAUUAUUACAAAAGAGGGAUAGGUAGUAGGGAAACUCUAUAGCUUUAAGAUGCUGUUUGAGAAACACAACUUAGACGCCCUACUGAUUUAAUAAUGGAAAGCUCUUUUUAUGUCCUGUGUGUCUAACUCAUGGGAUAUUUUCGUUGGAUGAAACUUCCAGCUUCCAUGACUUUUAGAGCAGUAAAAGCAUAUAAGGCAUUUGAUUGAACUGUAUAACUUGUCAUCUGUAUUCUUUUAACUUUAAAAUUUUGAAUAGCAACCAUAUGCUUGCUUAUUGGUGCUUCCUAUCAGACUGUCAUUGAAUUUUUUUCCUUUUCAUAUUUGUUUAACUUGCAACUCUAAAAUUUCUCUUUCUGUAGCUUUGGGGGCAAUUGACCUUAACAGAAAUACUACAAAGUAGAUUCCUCUGCUAUUGACACUGUAUAUUGUCCUCUUUGUGCAUUGUCAUAGCAAAAAAGUAUCAGAUCGCCCCACAUGGAUGUUUGCUUAUGAGCAAACACAUCUUGAACGUAUUCUUGUACUUUUGCCAAAAAGAAUCCCCACCAGCCACAAAGCAACCCCAAAGAGACCUAGUUUUUGCCCUGAUCAGCUAGAUCAGCUAAAAAUUUAUAGCACAAUGGAUUUUUUGCCCAUGGCCAGAUUUUAUUUAACCAGCAUUUGAUUAUAUGGUUAUUACAGGAAAAGAUAAACACCCAAGACCUUUAUCAAUUAUGUAAACAAAUGAGUGUUGGGAUAGCCAGACUGUUACUUUGGGCAAACUUUCUGUGAGAAAGUUGGAAGUUUAUUUUUUAAUUGAAAUACUUUACUUUUUUUUUUUUUUUCUCAUUUUCUUUCCCUUUCCCUGCUUUACUCUUCUUCCACCCUGCCCCACCUCAUAUUAUUCAUUUGUUUCAUUAAUUUACAUGAAGUCUUCUGUGUGUGUAUGUGUGUGUGGUGAUUUUUUUUUUUAAUUUGUUUGUUUGGUUUUGUUUGGUUUUUUGGUGGAUUUUUUUCCCCAAAGGAAUUCUAUGGACCUUGAAGGAAUCUUCUUGAGGUCAGAUUUUUCCAAGGUUGUCUUUUUUUUUUUUUUUUUUUUUUUAAGAAUAUUUUUAAAGCUUAAAUUUGUAUAUUAAUUUAGGACUUUAUUUAGAAGUAUAGGCUGCCUUUUGUGGCAGCAGUAUAUUCUGAAAUGUCUCUCAUAGAUAUAUAUUUUUGAAUAAAGAGGGUGUUGUUGAAUGACCAUGUGUUGCCUUUUUUCCACUGCCCUACCUCCCACAGAGGAGUUUGGCUUUUGUUUUUAGGGAAUGUGAUUAGUAAUCACCUAUAGAGACUGUGCCUAUACUGAAUCCUGUCUCUGAGGAGCUUUUAUAGCUGUUAGUGGCUCAUAAAUACUUAGUACUCAGAUAGUGAUUUUUGUUAUUUUCCACGGGCUUAAUUAUCUUUGAUUAGUCUGUCCACAUAAUACCCAAGAGAGGCACCUUCAUAGGUUAGAUUUGCUGUAAAAAAGUAGAAAUUUACAGAGUUAAGUGAAAUGACUCCCCCCUCGCUCCCCAGUACCUAGAAGCAAGCCUGAGGCCCAUUAAAACCCUGAUUCCAGCUCUAGUUCCCACAACACAUCUCCUAAAGGUUAUUUAGAAUUUCUCAUGUAGAGAACACUUCUUUGUACCAGUAUAAGUAGGAUUGCAAAGAAAUUUGCAAGCCCUAGGGUUGUUUCCUGUCUUCCAUCUCCCUUCCCCAACAAAAAUAUUUUGUUUUCUUUUUGCACUCUAACCUUGGCUUUUACCUUUAGUGAUGUCCUAUUUGGAUGGCAUCACUGUAUAUGACUUUCUAAACCUUAGCAGAAAAAUGCGUUCAAAAUAGCUUGAUUGCUUUGGAAGGGCCUUUAUUAGGAUUGCCUCGGCCUUUCUGCUAAGAGGAAUGAAUGUGCUCCAAGCUGUAUAUUCUGUACUUAUACUUCUUCAUUACCAGGCAUCUUGAUGUGAAGUUAUCACGGGUUAGGUAGGUUCUGUGGAUGGUCAAACAUAACUCCACGUGACUUACGUGACUCUAAGUUUAGUCUAGGAAUGUGAUGCAGAGAAUUUAUUGCCAACAGAUCGAUGACUACAAGAUAUGUCUGUUAACAGAAUCUCUUAGUUGACACAUGAAGGUUUCCUACAAGCUGUAAUUUAAACAUGUCUCAUAUUUCAUGUUCAGUUCAGUUCUUCACUACCUAUUGAUUAGCAUUUGAAGCUAUAAAAGUUUCAGAAAUUUUCAUUCUUUAAAAUGGAACCAUGUAAGAGUCCAUGAAUCUAUUAAAUUGUGGAGGGAGACUCGUGCUGUGUAGACUAGGAAACUCAAGGUUCAAAUCCUAGCUCUGCCACCAACUCAUUGAAUAACCUUGGAAAGCAAGGAUCCCUUUAGAAUAUUAGUUUCCUCAUUUUUAAAAUUUAGGGUAGGAGUAGAUAGUCUCUAAGAUCCCUUUCAGCUGUAAAUAUAUGAAUUUAUGACAGAUGUGUAUUUUUCUUUUGCAUAGUAGUUUAAGCCACUGUCUCACUGAACAACAUUAGGUAAAUCACUACCCUUUUCUGGAUCUCAGUUUUGCCAUCUGUACAAUGAGGGGCUUGAACUAGAAGAUCUUUGAGAUCCAUUUCAGCUCUGACAUUUUAGGAUUUAUUAGCUAUGGAGUCUUGCAUUGAUUCUAAGGAGUGUAGGAUUAUGGUUUUGGAAAUUUUGCCAUUGUGAGAAUGUGCGUAUGUGUGUGCAUAUGUGUGAAAUCCCUCAAAAAGAAUAAGAACUAAGAGGUUGUAUAUUAAACAUUAUGGUUCCUUGACUCCAUGUAGAAUAUAGAUUUUCCUGGAGAAAUUAAUCUGCAGAAAAGGUAAGUUCUAAGUAGGGGGGAGGGGGGACAACCAGAUACUUCAUCCUUUGGUCACUAGCAAUCUAUAUAUGGUUUAUUGGAAUCCUUGAGCCCAAGUUUUUGUUCUCUAACUUGUUCUUUUCUUAAUGUAAUUCAUUUCUUACCACUACUACCACCUCUGUAAAUUCUUUGUUUAGAAAUCAUUCUUCCAUUCUAAAGCUCGGAUUCAAUUAAAAAUCCAUUAUUUUCAUACCAUUGAUUGCAGCUGAUCUCCUGACAUCAUAAUGUUUGGGGGGAACCAUACAACUUAAUAUUGAACCUAAAAACCAACUCAUUUCAUUUUAGACUUCAUGAAGCCCUUUGACAUUAAAAAAAAAUAUCUUUUCACUCAUGAUUUAGCAAACACUGAAAUUAGCAGGAUGCUAAGAAGGUUUUCCCCCUUGAGAGAGUCUUGCUACUAACUGUGGUGUAGUGGAAGAGGUGCUGGAUUUGAGAUUAGAGCGACCUGGGUUUGAAUCUUAGCAGAACUACUCACAACCUGGUUGAACUUAGGCACUUCUCUGGUCCUUACUUUCUUCAUCUGUAAAAUGAGAAAGUUGGACUAGGUGUUCUCCAAGAUUCUUUACAGCUCCAAACCUAAUCCUAAAAAUACUGGCAGAAUGGUCUGCUUAUGGGAAAUAGUUUUUAUUGAUAGUUAGCACCCAGAGAGUGAUAGUUGUAUUGAAAUUGUUGCCCUUAAAUAGUUAUGUCCAUUUACAUGUUGAUAUUAUAGAUAUAAUAACUUGUUUAGACACUAAAAUUUACACAUGCUAAAAUUACUUUAGGACUUGCUCUAUUAGUUUUCAUCCACUGUUCUAUUUUUGGUUCCUUAAAGGAAAAAACAAAUUAUUUUGGGAAAGGCUAUAUUUUGCUGGUAGUUUAGUGAAUUCCUGAUUUGCAUUCCAAAAUCUGGAUGUUUUUCAUAGUAUUCCUUGGUCAUAGGUUCUGACUGAAGAAAGAGUUGCUUGGCCUUUUCACAGAGAGUUUCAGGUGUGAAGUAUUAAGAUGUGAAAUUUAGACAUAGUUGUGAUCUCCAAAUCCAGUUUCUUUCAAUGAUCCUAAAGUACUUUUAUUCAGAAUUAAAGCUAUUUAACGUCCUUCACCUCUAUUUGAGGUGAUUAUUAUCAGCUCUGCUACUGAUUUGCUCUGGGGCACUAAGUUCAAAAUGUUUAAAUGACUUAACCAGUUUCUUGAUUUGUUUAAUGAAAGGGCUAGAUUGGAUUACUUUUAAAAAAUUAAAUUAUGCUAUACUUGGAUUUCAUCAGGUUAUUUGAAAAGUAAAAGAGGGAUUGAUCUUGUACCAGAGAAUGGAACUAGGAGCAACAUGUGGAAGUUAGAGAAAGGGAAGAUUUCUGUUCCAUAAAGAACUUUCUAAUAAAACUGUCCCAAAAUGGAAUGUUCUACCUCAAAAAAUAGUGAGUUUCCCAAAGUAAGAGAGUUAUAAGUAGAGGCUGGUUGACUAUUUGCUAAGAAUGAUAUAGAAAGGACUCCUUCUCAGGUAGGAAAUGAGUGUAGGCCUUCUAAGUUCCUUUUCUACUCUAAAAGUUCAUGAACUUUGGGAUCCUUCCUAAUACAUGCAUAUAAAUACAUACAACACGUCCAUGCAUAUUUUUAAAACUCCAAAGUUAUUUACUAAGUACUCCAAGAAAUGCAAGAUUUUAGUUAUCUUUAUGAAAUGGAAAUUUGUAAAAUUCAUGAGUGACUCUUUUCCCUUUUACUAAUGUAUGUAUGAAUCUACAGAUAUUCAUAUGACUUAGGUAUUGGGCAGUUAAGAAUAAAAAUAAGUCUUAUGUAGUCCAAAGAAAGAAAAACUCAUUUAAAGUGAGAAUAUAUGAUGUCCAUUCAAAUUUUGUGACCUUCAUAUUGCAGUGUGGCAUGGUGAAUAGAGCUUGCUCAUGGGAUCAGGAAAAAUCCGACUUUUCUGUUUUACUUAUAACAAAUACUGAAUGUGUCCCUAGAUAAGUCAUUUAACAUCUUUCAGUGGCUCAGGCAAUUUACCAAGAUUAUAAAUUGCAGAGCAUCAUCCUUGGUAGAAGUUCCUUAAUUGAGAUUUCUGUUAUGAAUGAAAUCACAGUUUCAGUGGGGGAGGGACAUAACAUAAAGUGAGACUUUGAACUAUAAUCAAUGAAUUAAUCAUCAGCACUUAGCAAGGUUUUCAACCCUUAGUGUAGGAAUAGGUUCCAUUCACUAAUUAUAAUUUUAAGAAUUGGAAGGGACUUCGGAGAGCAUUUUAUUCAAUCCCCUCGUUUUAUAGUGAUCUAGAGACACUUUAAUUCUCUGAUUCCACAAAGAACAGAUUUGUUUUGUAAUGAAAAUCAAUUAUAGAAAGGGCACUACGUAUGAUGUUUGAAGACUUGGGUUUGAGUUCUGACUCUUGGCACUAACUCUGUGACUCAGCUAACCCAGGCUACUUAAUCUUUCUUGGCUUCAGUUUCUUUCCUAGACGAUAAAAUGAUGGGAUUUGAUUACAUGGGUUUUUUUUUUUUUUUUUGUUUUUAUUUCCAAGAUUCCUUCAGUGCUAGUACCUGUUACUUAAAGAAAAAGAUAUCUGUAGUAAAACCAUACUGAUUUCAACUGAAUAAAAGUAGAUCAGUUUAAUUGAAACUGUAGACAAAUUUAAAAACAGAUUUUUUAUUAGUUUCAGAUUUAGAGGCAGUCUAGUAGAAAAAGACAAGAGAAUUCCAGUUUAUGCCUGUCACAUAAAAGUUGCCUAACCUCUGAGCUUACUUUUUUUGUCUCUACAUUGGGAAAAACAACCACUGCCUAUCAUUGAUCAUCACAAAUAUUGCCUAAUCCAACUUCAUUUUAAAGAUGAGGAAGCUGAGAUCAAGGCUAAGCAAUUUGUCCUCAAGAAGUAUGCAAAGUAGGCUUUGACCUUUGGAGUAGAUGCCAAAUCCAGCGCUCAAGUAUAAUAGAAAGAGUACCCAUUUAGUUACAAUUUUAGUGCCCUAAAAUCAAGGACUUUAGAAUUGAGAACUGGCAAGAAACUGAAAUCACCUUAUCCAAAACUCAUUAUAUAAAGAGGUGAUUUAAUAUUAGGCAAGUCACUGAGCCAUUUAGAACCUCAGUUUUUUCAUCCUCCAAGUAGGACCAGAUGACUAAAUUCCUUUCUAGCUAACUUCUAUGCGAAUAAUACCAGCAGAUUUCUUUAGAAUGAAAUGGAUUUCUCACAGGUUAUGAGGUUCCUUGAAACCACUCUGGGAUAAGAAAAAUAUCUCAUUUUACAGAUGAGAUAACCAAAACUUAGAGAGGUUGCUAGGUCACAUCAAGAAAAUGUUAAAAGUAGUAUCCAAUACUGCUUUCUUGAGCAAAGGUUCAUUGUUCUCAUGACAUGAGUAGGCCCAAGUAUUUGGUAUGAAAGUGCAUAUGUGAAGAGUUAUCAGACCAUAGUAAUGAGAAACAGGAUAAUUUUCUUGCCAAAUAAAGCUCUUGGGGUAUCAAAUUUAGUAAAGGAAGAUAAUCAUUUUAUUAGCACAUUAGUUGUUUACUAUUGUGUUUGAGUUUUCUAUAACUCGCCUGCACAGUGCCAAACUCUACUAUCAAUGAAUGUUCUGGAAAGAAAUUUUUUAAAAAAUAUGAUAGAUUUAUAGUCCCUUUGAGCUUGGUAUCCUGGUGUUCAUGGUUGACCAGACACUCAUCUCUUUGAUGCUAUUAUUGCACAAAGCCCUAGAUGAUGGGUCAAGACCAGGAAAGAAUGAAAUUAGAGACUUAGAAAGACACUUUAAGGACACAUUACCUUCUCAGGGCCUCCUAAUCCAUUUAGCCCUGAGCUAAGCCAAAAGGUAUUAUCUGUUAAGUUAUCCAAUAUAAUUUGCACUAAAGAUGGUAAUGAUAGUUAAGCCUAUAGAUGAGAAAACAUGGUAAGUGAUGGGUAGAGAAAAGUAUGGUUGCUAUCUUAAAAAAAA